AUGACUCCUUCUGAUAAUUCCAUCGGGCAACCAAAGCAUGAGGUGUUUUUAAGUUUUAGAGGUGAAGACACUCGCAAUAGCUUUACUUGUCACCUUUAUGAUGCUUUGCGAGAAAAAAGAAUUGGAACGUACGCUGAUUUCAAAGAACUGCAAAGGGGAGAGGAAAUUUCUGAGGCCUUAUCAAAAGCAAUCAAAGACUCAAUGAUUUCAGCAAUAAUUUUCUCCCAAAACUACGCUACUUCAUCGUGGUGCUUGGAAGAACUCUCCCAGAUAAUGGAAUUGAGGCAUUCAAGGGGACAGCUUCUGGUUCCCAUUUUCUACCAUUUUAACCCAUCCGACGUGCGGAAACAAGCUGGGAGCUUUGAAAAAGCUUUUCUUGAACAUGAAAAGAAUGGCAUAGAGAAGGAAUAUGGCGAAUGGGGGGUAGGCAAAACUGUUCUUGCCGAAGCUAUUUACAAUGAAGUCUCUGCUCAGUUCGAAAGUUGCUGCUUCCUUGCAAAUGUUAGUGAAGAGUGGCAGAAAUAUGGUGCAAUCACUCUAAGAAAUCAACUUCUUUCCAAAAUAUUAGAGGAAGAAAACCUCCAUAUAAGCAGUCCUAGAAUAGGAACAUCCAAAUUCACCAUGGACAGAGUUUGCCGUAAAAGAGUUCUUGUUUUUCUUGAUUAUGUCAGUGAUUUAGACCAACUAGAAAGUUUAAUCGUCUGUUCUGAUCACUUGGGUUUCGGAAGUAGGAUCAUCGUGACAUCUAGAGAUAAACAAGUCCUUGAAAAUGUGAUUAAUGUAAUUUAUGAGGUUAAGGAAUUGAAUUACCAUGACUCUCUUCGACUAUUUUCUCAAUAUGCAUUUAAGCUAACCCAUCCUAUUGAUGGUUUUGGGCAUCUAUCAAAAAAGAUUGUGGAACAUGUGAAUGGCAUUCCACUUGCCCUUAAAGUCUUGGCCCAGGCACUGUAUAAGAAGAACAUAGAGCACUGGCUGAGUCAUCUAAAUAAACUAAAGCAAGUUCCCAACGAAAAAGUCCAUAGUGUGCUGAAGAUUAGUUUUGAUGGAUUAGAUUAUGAUGAGAAAAAUAUAUUUCUUGAUAUUGCAUGCUUCUUUAAAGGAUUUGAUAAAGAAGCAAUGGUAGAUAUACUUGACGGUUGUUAUCAUCACGCUGCUCUUUGUGGAAUAAACAACCUCAUCGACAAGUCCCUCUUAAAUAUUACAGAAGACAAUAGACAGUGGGUGCAUGAUUUGCUACAGGAGAUGGGUUGGAAAAUCGUUUGCGAGGACCCUAUUGAAAGACGUAGUAGACUGUGGAAGCCUGAGGAUGUUUAUUAUGAAUUAAAUUAUAACACAGUGAGGAGCAUAGUACAUUAA